AUGGACUCGGAGGGCAUCGUGAUCCGGAUAAAGAGCCCGGCUGGAGACAUGGACUCCUCCGUGGACUGCCCCUUCCUGCUCAACUUCAAUGACUUGUUGGCGGCGAUCAGAGACGUGAUGCCAGAGGCCACAGUCACUGCCUUCGAGUAUGAAGACGAAGUGGGCGACAGAAUCACAGUGAGAAGUGAUGAAGAGCUGAAGGCCAUGCUGUCGUAUUACUGCCACACCAUGGCGGAGCAGAGGCACAGCGGCCUGCUUCCCGACCCGCUGCAGAUCUUUCCGAGAGGUACUGUGCAGACAACGUAUUGA